GAUAGAUCGAUUAAUAAUUAAUGGGGUCUGUCCCUCCUCGUAUAGUGGAAGACUGCCUUGGAAUUGUCCAGGUGUUCAGCGACGGCUCCAUUUCCCGGUGCCACGACAACGAUAUCAACUUCCCGAUGAAGGUCCAGGACGACGGCUCCGCCGUGUGGAAGGACUGUCCGUACGACAAGAAGAACAGCCUCCACCUCCGCCUCUACAGGCCAGCAACUGCUGCCGGACCUCCGGCGCCGCCGAAGCUCCCGGUUCUCUACUUCUUCCACGGCGGGGGUUUCUGCGUCGGCUCCCGGACCUGGCCCAACUGCCACAACUUCUGCCUCCGCCUCGCCUCCGUGCUGCAAGUGAUGGUGGUGGCGCCGGACUAUCGCCUAGCCCCGGAGCACAGGCUCCCGGCCGCCGUGGAGGACGCGUUGACCGCCGUUAAGUGGCUUCAAAUUCAGGCCCUCCUCGGCAGCGGCGCCGAUGAGUGGCUGCGGGACGGAUUGGUGGAUUUUGACCGUGUCAUUGUAAUCGGCGAUUCCUCUGGCGGGAACCUGGCCCACCAACUGGCUCUGGAGUUCGGGUCCGGGUCUCCGGUUCUGCACCCGGUCCGGAUCCGUGGGUACGUUCUGAUGGCCCCCUUUUUCGGCGGGACUGUGAGAACAAAGUCUGAAGCAGGACCGCCAGAAGACUUCCUCAAUUUGGAUAUUCUUGACAGGUUCUGGAGACUGUCGCUGCCAGAAGGAGAGACGGCGGAUCAUCCGCUGGCGAACCCAUCGAGCGGCGGCAGCGGAAGCUUAUUGCUGUCGAGCAGCCGGAUGCUGGUUGUGGUCGGGGAGCGCGAAGUGAUGCGGGACAGAAUCCAUAACUAUUACAAGACCCUAGAACUACUCAAAGACAAAGACAAAGACAAAGACAACGACAAAGAGUACGUGGAGUUCCCAGGGCAGCAGCACGGCUUCUACCUCACUUCCCCAUUCUCCCCCGCCACCCAACACCUUCUCCGCCAUCUUCGUCGCUUCCUCAACGCUACCUAAUACUUCAUUUGCCCAUUCUCUAUCACAUGAUUAUUAAUUAUUGUAAUUAAUGUUGUAUCUAUGUAUGUAUGUCGUCCUUGUGCGUGCUGUCAACUUAUUGCACAUGCAUGCCUUAAUUUGUUGUCGGACAGUCAGUCAGUUAAGUCAUUGUACUUAUAAUCGGGAGUUUAAUUCAUGCUGUAGCUUUCAUCUCCUUGAACGAGCUAGCUAGGUCUCUUUGAUUUACAUUAAUUAAUUAGAUGCCAAAUGAUCUGUAAUAGAAUUUGUUGGCCUGGAAAAUUUAUUUCUGGCCUUUGAACUCCUUACAGAGAAGAACAGGUUGGCUCUCGGCUAACUCAACACAAGGUUUUACAUAGUAUAUGUUA